AUGCUGUGUUUUUUGUAUCGUCGAUGGAUCUGGAGCACUCAAUGGAUCCGUCCGAGCCGGAGUGAUCUGGCGCUGAAUCUUCCAACUCCAGCGACCAGACUCGCGGCGGUGGUUGAUCUGCGUCCAGAUGAUGAGAACGACGAGAUCAGUGUGGCGCUGCAUGAAGCCGUUGCUCGACGAUCGAGCACUCGGAUCGAACUCGAUGAAUCCAACACCCCGAUGCGAGCGGCUCCGAUGUACGAGAUGCUUGCGAUCGGAGUGGGUGUGAUCCUGAUGGUGUUGGUGUCGAUCAAUCAACACCAGUUCACUGGAGUUGGUCUGCGUCGGGCGCUGACGCCUUGGACGAACACGGCUUGGCCCAAGCGGUUCGAGAUCGAUCUUCCCGAGAUCGCGAAGCAUCACCCCUCGGAUCGCGCCUUUAUUGCUAAAGCACGGAUCGGUCCUUCCAAAGAUGAUCCAAACGCGACGCUUCGCUGGAGACUUACUGGUCCAGACGGAGAAUCGCUGGUCCGCUGGACAACGCUCGGACUCAACAAGCAAGGCAAAGGGGAUCAAGAAUCCACGCCGUAUGAACAACUGAUCCCGAUCCAUACGCUGACAGCAACGACGAUCCCUGAAGGAUCCACGCUCGAAUUUCAGAUCCAAUCAAAUGAUGACCAGAGCGAUACUCAGCGAGUCAGCAUUGUCCACCCGCCUAAGUUGAUUGGUCUACAGGCUUCGAUCUCGCUUCCUCAGUAUGCACAACAGAUGGGUUCAGAAACGAUCCGAUUCUUGCAAGGCGAGCACGAGACGCUUCCCAACGAACCCUCCUUCGGACCGAUCCUCGCAGGCUCAGAAGUCCAGUUGACCUGGACAUUCUCAACAGCGGUUCAUGAACAAGGCAAGGACUAUGCUCUAUCCAAAUCACUGAUCAAGAUCUUGACCCCUGUAUCCAACACCACCUCGACUGUACAACCGAUCGACCAAUACGGCUUGACCACGCGUGAACCGGUCGGUGUGUUCAUGCGUGUUGUUGAGGAUGCGCCUCCUGAAGUGUUGCUGAGUCAACCGAGCACUGAUCGUGUGGUUGGACGCCGAGCCGUGGUUGAGCUCGAAGCGAUGCUCUCGGAUGAUCUAGGAUUGCGUGAAGCAUUCAUUGAGAUGGAACUGAUCGAUUCGGGACAGCAAUCAACGCUGAUUGAAUCGAUGGACUCCAUGAACACGCGUGCUCAGGUCAUUGAUUCUGAGAUCGAUCUGCAAUCACUCGAUCUGGUGCAGGGACAACGGAUCGGCAUUGUUGCUGGUGCCGUGGAUAUUCAAGGCGCAGAAACGAAGUCCUCGACACGCGUGCUGCGGAUCGUGGACGAUCAGGAGAUCGUAGAUCUCGUGGAAUCUCAGCUUGGUUCGAUGAGCGAUGUCCUCAAAAGGCUCGAUGAUCGUCAACGCUCUCUCAUCGAUGCAAUCAACCAAGAACCGAGACCUCAGCUCGGUGAUCAAGCGAAGAACCAGAACUCGAUCAGUGAUCAGAUUCGUUCGCGUGCAGAAUCGGCGCGUUCUUUGCUUGUGCGUCUGCAGGAGAGCCGGAUCGCGGAUCCGCAGAUUUCUCCGAUGCUCGAAGCGAUCGAGGAAUCGCUCGAUCGAGCAAGCGAUUCUUCGGACGAAGCGAGCGAAGCGCUCCAGCAGGAGCAGCUUGAGGAAUCGACGGAACAGAUGGAACGCGUGCGCGAGCAGAUCGAACGCUCCAUCGCGAUGCUCGAUCGCGGGAAAGAUACCUGGAUCGCUCGCCGUUCGAUCGAAGAUCUGCGAACACAGGUUGAGGAUCUGCUGUCAGACACACAGCAACUCGAUACACAAACAGGAGGACGCUCGCUUGAUCAGCUCAGCGAGGAUCAGCGUUCGAUGCUUCAGAAGAUUCUGGAUCGUCAGAAGCGAGCCGCGGAAGAGGCUCGGGAGAUGAUCGAUUCGCUUGAUGAACAAGCGGACGCGCUGGACAAGCAGAAUCCCACAGGUGCUCAGGGGAUCCGGGACGCGGCGACGCAAGGCCGGAAUGCUGGCAUUGAAGAACAACUCGAGCAAGCCGCGGAAGAACUGGAGCAAAACCAGACCGCGUCCGCCGCUGGGACACAGCAGCAGGUCCUCGAAGAGCUCGACAACAUGCUCGAGCAGAUCGAGCAAGCACAGAAGAAUCGAGACUCGGCGCUGCGCCGCAAGCUCGCGACGCUCAUCGAGUCCAUCCAAGGGAUCCUCCAAGAUCAGCAACAAGAACUCGCGCGACUCGAUAACGGCGCCGAAAAUCUCGAUCAACCACUGAUCUCACUGCGGAGCAAUACGCUCGCGGUCCGGGAUGAAGCCGCGGCGGCGUUCCCAGAAACACAGACCAUCGCGGAGUCGAUGUCACGGGCAGCGGAUGCACAGGCGGACGCGAUCACCUCGAUGCGAGCGAACCCUGUGGAUCUGGUACCCGCUCGACAGUCGGAACUCUCCGCGAUCACGCAUCUGCAAGCGGCACUGGAUGAAGCGCAGCGUCAGGAUCAGAUGGCUGCGGAUCGACAGACGGCUCAACUCCGCAAUGAACUCAGAGCAAAGUACCAAGACUCACUCAAAGAACAAGCACGGAUCACCACGGAGACUCGACCAUUGGUUGGAGAUCCACUCGAUCGUCGUCAACGAGCGACGGCACGACAACUGGCGCGUGAUGAAUCGCAGCUGAGCGAGUCACUACGCACGAUGCUCGAUGAGACCAAAGAACUCAGUGAAGCUCCCAUCUUCUCACUCGCGCACGAUCAGUUGGAUCACUUGCUCGAAUCCGUCUCGCAGUCACUCAACGAGCGCACAAUCGAUCCGAUGAUUGUAUCUGAUCAACAAGCAAUCGCGAGCAUCCUGCAAUCGCUCAUUGAUGUGCUCUCGGAUCAGCAACAAAACCAAUCCGAGGACUUCGAAGACGGGCAAGGCGGUGGCGGCGGAGGCCAAGGCGGAGGCGGUGAGCAGCCGGUCAUUCCUCCCGUCGCGCAGUUGCAGCUGCUCAAAGCACUCCAAGAACUCACGGCGAUGCAGACCCGCUCACUCAACGAGCAGAGCACACAAGACCCGGAUCGAGUCCGAGAGAUCGGUCGAAUGCAGCGUGAUCUCGCGGAGAAGGGGCAAGAACUCAUUCAAAGCAUGAACCCAGAGCCCGACGAACCCAAGCGCGUUCCAUCACUCGAUGAGUUGCUCGGACUGGAAGAAGCUCCGGAUGCUCCGGAUGAAAGCAAACUCGACGAAGCGCUCUCUCCUCAGCAAGCCGGGGAAGCGUUCACGCAAGCCGUCGGGAUGAUGGGUCAGGUUGCUGAUCGCAUCGAUGGAUCCCAAGACGCCGGACUCACGACGCAGCGGAUGCAAGAAGAGAUCAUCCGCAAGCUUGAGCAGAUCAUCGAGUCGGCGCAGCAGAAUCAAAACUCCAGCAAUAGCAGCAGCUCGUCGUCCUCAUCGUCCUCUGGACAACAGCAGCAACCCAACCAGAGCACGCAGCAACAGCAGUCCCCCACCAAUCCCGGUGGAGAUCCCAACGACUCCUCGAUGCCCGGCGGAUCGACUGAAGUCGGAUCGAAUGAUCUGAGCAGCGGCGUGGCGCGUUGGGGGAACCUCCCUGAGCGACUUCGAGAGGCGCUGAGUCAGGGAUUGGAUGAGCCGUAUUCCGAUCUGUAUCGCACGCUCACGGAACGCUACUACAAAGCACUUGCGGAGGAUGAAGAAUGA